AUGAGCAACGGCAACGCAGACCCGCCAGCCGUCAAGGGCAAGGCGCGAGCGUCCGACGCCUUUGACCGCUCCAACGACCUCGAGACGGCCCCACUGCUCGCCUCGACCCCGUCGUCCUCGCCCGCCGCAGCACACCAGAGCCGCCUCCGCCACGGCCGCGGUCCGCUCGUAAACGACGACUCGGACGACGAGCGCGACCGCUCGACGGCCAACGGCACCGCCAACCACCUCGGCGGCAACCACGACGACGACGACGACGACGACGACGACGGCAUGCGCCUCGUCUCGAUCCGCCGCCCCUCAUCGUCGUCCCACGCCCGAGGGUGGACCGUCGGCUCGGUCCUGUGCCUCCUGUCGAGCAUCCUCUUCGUCACCCUCCUCGUCGUCCUCGCCGUCCUCCACCUCUGGGUCGGCCGCCUCCUCUCCGAGCAGACCCGCCACGGCGACCCGCAACAGAUGGCCGAGCGCGGCCUCCUGUGGGCAGGGCCCUCGGCCGUCCGCGUGCGCGCCAACGAGGCCGGCGCGGGCAUCCUCGUCGAGCUCGACGCCGUCGCCGGCAUCGACGUCCGCCGCGCGCUCGACUGGGAGCGCAAGGACGACGGCGGCUGGAUCCGCCGCGCCGAGGGCCGCAUGGCCCGGUGGGGCGUGCGCAAGGCGCGCUCCGUCUCGGUCAACGUCGGCGAGGUCGCCAUCUACGACGCGCGCGACGGCUUCGACAGCGACCAGCCCCUCGUCGUCGUCCCCUCGCUCGAAACCCUCACCCUCCCGCUCUCGUACCCGACAAAGGCCAACCCGGUCCCCGACAUGCACCCCUUCACCCUCCACGUCCCGCUCGACUUUCCCUCGCCCGCCGACCUCGCCCGCUUUGGCCAGGCCGUGUGGGACGCAAAGACGUACGCCGUCCGCGCCGAGAUCCGCGAGGUCGUCGCCCACGUCGGCGCGCCGCACACCCGAGGCGUUGCAGGGUGGUUCCUCCGUCGCAUGAAGGCGACGAGGGUGACGGGCCUGGCUCGAGUCGUCGGUGGCGAGAUCCCCGACAUGCCUAUUCCCGACGACCCCGACAAGCUCGCCAACGUGACCUCGAUCAGCGUCUUCGAGACGGCGUCGCCCGCGCACCCGAACACGACCGUCAUCGCCUUUGCCGCCUCGGCCCUCGUCGCCAACCCGCUCCUCGACGCCAUCCAUGACGGUCGACUGCCCGCCAUCGCGUUCGGCAUGCCGUUCCGCGUCCCCGUCUCGAUCCACCUCCCGCUCCCGCCGCUCCCUCAAGGGCAGCGCUCGCCGCACGACCCGCACGAGAUCGCCCUCGCCAAGGUCGCUAUGGCGCCCAUCUCGUUCCCGCUCGGCAGCGAGUCGGCCCAGCUCGACGUCUCGGGCCACCUCGUCCCGGCGGGCAACCUCACGCCGUCGGCGCCGACCCCUCCUCCGCCGACCUCGCUCGACCUCUCGUCCUCGUCGCGGCGCCAGACGACCCGCAAGGCCGAGCCGCAGCCUCCCUUGUCGCGUGCCCUGUCGCGGUUCGUCGCUCGGUACCUCGCCGGCCGCGACAACGACGUGUUCGUGCGGUACGACGCGCACCCGGAGCCGCCGCUGUCGGACGACCCGAGCCCGGACGCGCCUUUCCCGCCGGCGUUCGUCGCCGACCUCGUGCGCGGCAAGGAGCUGCACGUGCGCGUGCCCGGCACCAACGAGACGCCCGAGCUGUUCCGCGACCUGCGCAUGGAGGACAUGCGCAUCAAGCUGGGCGGCGGCGACACCGACGCCGACCUGCUCGCGAGCGGCAAGGUCGUCGGCGAGGUCGUCAUGCCCGACAUUGCGGCCAAGCUCGCCGCCGGGCUCGACGCCCAGUGGAUCUGGCCCGACGUCCUCGUGUACGACGGCGACUUGCCGCGUCGGGCGCAGCAGGCGGCCCUCGUCGACGCGCCGAGCUCGUCGCUCGCCAAGCGUGCCCAGCUCGCCUUUGUCGACUCGUCGGCGCCGUCGUCGGCUUUCGGCGUGUCGCAUUCGGGCGACGACGACGAGCUCGACGCUCUCGGCGGCAGCGACCCGGCCGACUACCCGCCGUCGCCCGUCCCGGCCAACGCCUUUGCGCGCAUGCGCCCCUCGUCGGCCAUGGCCGCCGAGACGAUCCACACGCCCGCCAACGCGACCCACAACGCGACGACGUUUGUCGUCGCCACGUUCGUCGACGCGCCGCUGUACCUCCUCCCCGGUCGAGGCGACGUCCUGCGCCGGUUUGUCGCCAAGAUCAUCUUUGGCGGCAGCGGCAACAAGGUCAAGGCGAGCAUGGCCGGCAUCACGAGCGUGCGCAUCGCCCUGAGCGGGUUCGGCGAGGUCGAGCUCGAGGAGAUUCCGAUCGAGGCCAGCUUCAUGGUCGGCCGUGGCGGUAUCGAGAACCCGCCGGCCUUGGCUGCUCGGUUCCUCGGCCUCACCUCGUCCUCCUCGAGCGACGACGACGCUUGACGUCGCUCCUCUGCCCCUGUACAUUCCCUCGAGCACCCCUUCCCCUCUGUCUACAUGUCUCCCUCUUUCCCUCUCUGUGUAGAACUCUGUGUCGCGCCGGCUUGCUGUACUCUCGCCUCCUGUCCAUCGUC